AUGGACUCGCUACGGCCGACAUGCGAGCAUCUGUGUUCCCGUCUCAAAGAUCUCCAUGAAGAACUAGAGUUCACGAAACACAAGAGUCAAAGCUUCUCAACCAACGCGCUGGGUCAGUGCAAAGCUGUAGCGACCAAGUUCUUGCGUUUUCUAGAGCGGAACAGUAAUAAAAAUCUCGUAUACCAUGUCAUCAACCAUACUGCGGUGGCUGGUGAGCUGAAAGCUCUUCAUGAAGAAGUUUCGGAGCUUUUCUUCGACUUCUUGGACGUCACUGCAGUGGGUCAGUGGGAAGACGAUCGUCACGCACUGGAAACGGUGUUGACUACGGCAAUCAGCGACGCUAGCAUCGCUCUUCGCGAUCUCCAAAGCCCAAGAGCUCAGUUGGAAGCGAUGCUGACGCUAAAAUUUGAGCUGGAGAAGCAACACGAGAGACACAAUGAGACAGAUAAGGCACGGAUGAGUUCGCUAAAUGAAACGAUAAUACAUCGCUCUAGAGUGGCAGUAGGACAGUUGCCGGCGUGGUUUCUACCGAGUAAUCAAGUAGAAUUCGAGUCCCAGCCAUUUGCCAAGAGCUCGUGUGGAUCAGUCCAUCGCGGGGUCAAGAAUGACAGUCCCGUGGUGGUGAAGUGCUGUGCUGUUGACGACAUGCGAAUCGACAUCCGAACAGCGCGACAAUUAGAAAAAGAAUUGGAUCGACUGUUCCAGAUGGAGCACACACAUAUUGUCAAAAUGCUGGGUGCUUGUCACGUCAGCUCGCCUCGUUUCUUGUCUACGAAGACGCGAUCAAUGGAGACAUGGACUCGUACGUGCAGCUCAGCGCAUCUACGUUGGCGAGCCCCGGAGUGUCUUACUCGACGGCCGACGUUCGCUUCCGACGUCUACUCGUUGGCCAUGUGCAUGAUCGAAGCUUCUGCUGGAGAGCCUCCGUUCGCGUUCUUAGAUGACGACGACGUCCGGGAGACUCUCAAGUCUGGAGUGGUCCCUGAAAAGCCUCAAGAAAUGAGUGACCAAGUGUGGGAGUUGGUGGUUUCAAUGACCCAUGCUGACCCUUCUAAGCGCGUGGAGUUAACUCUUGUGAUUGAUACGUUAAAGACGCUUGCAACGGAGGAUCUGGGUGAUGGAGGAGUGACUCGUUGUAUCGUCUGUACGGCGCUGGUUCUCGACUACUCUCGUAGCUGUGCUCAGUGUGUAAACCAGCUGGGACUUCAAGACGAAUCGUCCUCGAGCUGUGGGUCGCCGGCACACGUCGCAUCUCCGAGUGUUGUGGUGGAGUUAGACGCCACCUCGUCUAUUGUGGACCUUGUUGCUGUGCUUCGUAGUGGAUCUAUUGACGAGCAAGAGAGUGCCGUUCUACUACUGCUACAAGCCUGUAUUUGCGACCACACCCGUCAGCAGAUGCAGCAAGGAAACGGAGUAUCCGCCUUGGAAGACUUGGUGAAAACGGGGCGAACCCAUUUGCUACAAGUGUGUGCGUUGGGGUGUUUGUGCUGGUCUUGCGAGCUCGACUCAACGCCGCCGGACGCCGAGUUUGAAGCUCUCCAAGAAACGAUUGGGGCCCCCACAGAGUCCGAAUGUGCUUCUCUCGCGCAGAUGUUACGUAACAAUGACCACGACACGCUGAGGACUGUCAUGUACUGUGCAUGCGCAGCUGGGGCCAAUGGACGACGACAGCUCUUCAACGCGGGGGUCGUCCCGCCUCUAGUCACGCUACUUGGCAGUGGGAACGAAGCUCUGACGAUAUGGACGAUGGAUGCGCUGGGAAAUUUGGCAUGUGAUGGCGAGGCCAGAAGCGCAAUAGUAGCCGAGGGAGCCAUCCCUGUGUUAGUGGAGCUUCUGAAGAAUGGCUCGGAAACUCAAAGAGGCUUCGCUGCCUGCGUGCUGGGCCAGCUGAGUGCGGAUAGCGCCUCCAACAGCGCCACAGUCGUGGAAAGCGGGGCGAUCCCGUUUCUGGUUGGUCUUCUACGCGCACAAGCGACAAUCCCCAAGAACUUCGCAGUCUUUGCGCUGGAUGGCAUUGCUGCCGUCCGCGACGAAUACGGUGUAGCAAUCGCGCGAAAUGGAGGCAUCCCGCGUCUGAUUCGACUUCUCCGAACGGGAACGAGUAGACAAAAGAAGCUCGCGGCGUGUGUGCUAGGCUGGUUGGCGAACCAAGACGAGAACCGACUGGAGAUUGCUCGUCGAGGAGCCAUUGCGGAUCUCGUCACGCUCCUACGAAGUGGGACGCAGAACCAGAGAGAAAGCGCGGCGUUUGCCUUGUCGUUUCUUGCGAUGGAUCGUGCGUCCGGCGCUGAGAUGACGAAGAGCGGCGCUAUUGCACCCUUAGUGGCGCUGCUUCGAGAUGGUACACAAGAGCAGAAAGAGCAUGCUGUUUGUACCCUGGGAAGUCUAGCUGAUAGCCACCAAGACCACUGCCGGAAGAUCGUAGACGCACGAGGAAUUGGUCCGUUGUUGAGUUUCCUCCGGACGGGAAACAUGGAGCAAAAGGGGUUGGCAGCCCAAACGUUGGGCUGCAUCGCUACCAGCAGUGAAGAGCACAGACGCGAGAUCAUAAGUGGCGAAGUGAUUGAGCUUCUUGUCGAUCUGAUUCGCUGCGGUUCACAGGAGGAGAGAGACAAGGGAAUGUUCGCGCUCUGUUAUGUUACCAACCACGGUCGCGCCGACACGAGAGCUCUGGCCAGUAAGACUAUUAUUUCACUACUCGUCGCUUUCCUUCGAACAGGGAAGGACGAGCAGAAACAUUUCGUCGUCACCGCCUUUGGGCGACUUGCGAGUAUUGAUGUCAGCAAGAAAAUGAUCGUGGAAUGUGGAGCGAUCGCGCCUCUGGUGGAUCUCUUGAAGUCGGAUAAUGGCGAGAAUAAGGAAGAGGCUGCGAUUGUACUGGGACGGCUGGCUGCGAAUGAUGCAGGGAACAGGGAACAAAUGAAGCGCCACGGAGUUGUCGAGUUGCUAAAAAAGUUAAAACGAACGGGGAACAGACAGCAGAAACGCAAGGCGGAGACUGCGCUACUGAGUCUCGGGGGGGAUGAUGAAUCACGAAAACUUGCCCCCAUGCGGUUUCCUCAAUUGGUUGCUGUCGUGGCGUGGGUGACACUCACAUCGAUCACUACAGCUAAGAAUGCAACGAUUCCGGAAUCCACAUACCCAACCAGGUCCGGUAUCAAAACGUGGGUCGACCCGGACACCCCCAAGGACCAUCAAACGUACCUGAGCUCGCGUGGACGUCAAUGGGAUUUAGUCAUGAGCGACGAGUUCAACACGCCCAACCGCAGCUUCCGACCUGGCGACGACCAUAUCUGGACUUCUCUCGAGAAACCUGACGGCGUGAACGGUGCUCUGGAAUUGUACUCUCACAAUAUGACAUCAACCAAGUGCGACGACGACGAGACCUGCUACUUUUACAUUAAAUCGGUCGAUGAAGAGAACGUUAUCCACGUCUACAACAUGUACACGCACCCUCCAGGGUACGUGGAUGCGUACUUCUUUUACAGAUCCGGAAUGGUCCAGUCCUGGAACAAAUUCUGCUACCAAGGAGGAAUGAUCGAGGCUCGCGUUCAACUCCCCGGAGCUGUAGCAGCUCAGUCUGGAAAUCCAGAUCUGGCCAAGGGAGACAACGCCAAGGUCGAGAGCGGCAAAUACUAUCCGACGUGGCCUGGUAUCUGGAUGAUGGGGAACCUCGGUCGAGCCAUUUUCUCGGCGUCAACGAACCGCAUGUGGCCAUUCUCGUACGACAAGUGCGAACCCGAGCUCUUUGAACCGAGUUAUCAGCGUAUCAGUGCUUGCAACAACAAUCCUGGCUACGGGUUGAACCCGAAUCAAGGACGAGGAGCUCCAGAGAUCGACGUGCUGGAAGGUGGCGGUACUCUGGUGUCGUCGUCGCUGCAAAUUGGUCCUGGAAUGCCUGACGAAUACCGUAUCUAUGGUGUCGACUACGCGUCUGGAGACUCGUACUCGUGCAUCUACGCUGCAGGUUGCAAGACGAAAGGAGCGAACUAUGUAGGAGUUCCAACCGCGUACUACGAGAAGCGCGGUCAUAAAUCCUGGUACCAAGGCUUACGCUACGCCGCCAACAACUUUUGUUCGCCCAGUGCUGACGCUAAACAGGACUACGACACGAUUGCAGCCUCGAUCAAAUCAGGUAUCAAGGAGAACACGUGCUCAACCGAGACGUGUCCUGGAUCGAACGAUGUUAACGGAGACUUGGGACUAAUCGACGAUACCGGCACUGAACACUGGGGUAUCAACUUGAACGGCACAUGUUAUCCACUUUUUAACGUGUACACUGGAGCCUACCUAUGUGACCCUGACAAUAGCUUCUCCAAGUGCGCCCAGCCUCGUAACGAGAGCACGCCAAGGUCAAACGCCAUGAGUUCGUUCAACUACCAAAUGGACGCCAUCUCAGCGAACUGGCCGGUACAUCUCGGGGCCUACACGGACUACGUUGUGUAUCAACUGGAGUGGGUAACUGGAAAGAACGGGUAUGUGCGUUGGAUGCUUCAGGGCAAUCCGUUGUUUGAAGUUCCGUCCGAGUCCAUCUGGGACGUUCCGCAGAGCUCGAACAAGACGAACCCACAGAAGAUCAUGCUGGAGGAACCGAUGUACAUUAUCUUUAACGUGGCGCUGUCAAGUUCGUGGGGUGCGACACCUCCUAACCCGGGCAAGGAAUGCCGUGGCGACGGAUCCGACGAAGCAGUCAACAAGAUUUGCGACUCGUUCCCACUGUAUCUGAAGAUCGACUACAUCCGUCUGUACCAAGACUUGGGCAAUGACCUUAAAGACGAUAACUUUAUGCAGGUAGGCUGUGAUCCAGCGAGUCAUCCGACCAAGAAAUGGAUUCAAGCGCACAUUGACGAGUACGAAGAUAACGACAAUCACCACAAGGAAGUUGCUGGCAAGGCAUUCUGCACAGUCGACGACGACUGUACCAUUGGCGGAAUUUUGGGGAAAACUGCACUGAAGACUGGAAAAUGUGUCAAGUCGCGGUGUGAGUGUUCGUACUCGUCGUCAUGGGGCGGUCCGCGGUGCACGACUGCCAUUUCAUCAAGUUCCUCCAGUACAACCAAAACAUUCAGCUCAUUGAGCUCCUACGGCCCGCCGAUGGGGCUAUCUGCCGGCGUCGCUGCAGUACUUAUCUUCUUGAGCUUCGUCUCUGUGAUGUGGUCGGUCAAGAACCAGAACAAGGACUCGUUGGCACUUAAGAAGCAGGCGAAAACGAACACCCAAAUGACUCCAAAUACGCACGAGGACGUGCAACUAGAGCAGGUCAAACGCUCGUCGGAUAGAGCCUCCCACAGGAAGGCACCGAGGGACAAUUAUAGCCAGAAUUUUGUCUAA